AGAAAAUCUGAGGCAGAGCUGGAGAAGUAAACGUUUCUCACACAACAAAUGAGGAGGAGAAGAAGAAACAGAGUUUCUACAUUGUUCUAAAACCCAGCUGAGCUUCUGCAAGACUGAGCGCUAUCAGGACCGAACAGGCGGCUGCCAAACCCAUACACACACACACACACACACACACAGAGGCAGAAAGCAGCGUCAGAUAUGACUCCAUUCGGCCUGCUGGACCGGCGCUGACAGUUGGAAAUAACUGGUUCUUCAUCCUGUACGAUUUAGAGGAUGAAGUGACACCAAAGUGACUCUGAGCCCUGACAUCAUUACAAACGGAGCAGAAAAACGAGGAUGUCAGUGAAGCUGCGGUUCAACUCGCCGUCAGAUGGAGGUCUGAUCCACAGAAGCCGCUCUUUCACGGGUUUGGGCUCGCUGAGCGGCCGGCCGCGGUCUUCCUCAAUACGUAGCUCUUUCCGCUCCAAAGCCACAACAGGAAGUAAACCUCCCAGAAUGCACCUCUCCCCCCGCCGAGGGUCGGCCACUACCUGGUCGCAGCCAGAGCAGGUGGACAGGAUUUUCCAAGCACUGCGCAGCGGACUCAAGGAAUAUUUAGAGGUUCACCAGGCAGAGAUGGAGCUCCUGUCAUCACAGCAGAGAGAAACCAAGAGGAACUCCAGACUGGCAUUUCUAUACGAUCUGGAAAAGGAGAUUAAAGCGUUGGAGAGGUACAUCCGACGAUUAGAGUUUCAAAUGAGCAAGGUGGAGGAGUUGUACGAGACGUACUGCGUUCAGUGGAAGCUGUGCCAGGGAGCGGUGAACAUGAAGAGGGCUUUCUCUCUGUCCCCGUCUUCCAGAGCCUCCAGGGAGAGUCUGCUGGAGCUCGGCCGCAGUCACCGGCACAGCCUGCAGGACAUGUCGACCAUGGAGGGAGAUCUGGAAAUCCUCCUGGGAGAGCUGCACAUCAAAAUGAAGGGACUGAUCGGCUUCGCUCGGCUCUGCCCUGGAGACCAGUACGAGGUGGUGGUGCGUUUGGGACGGCAGCGAUGGAAAAUCAGAGGAAGGAUCGAGUCGGAUGACUCUCAGUCCUGGGAUGAAGAGGAGAUGGUCUUCCUCCCCCAUGUGUACCAUAACUUUGAAAUCAAGGUGAUGGAGGCCAAGGGCCUGGGUUGGCUGCUGGUUGGCAUGGUAACGUGCGCCAGUGUGGACUUCUUCGUGGCGCAGCCGCAGCUGAUGUUGGUGGACAUCACAGAGCUGGGAACCAUCAAGCUGCAGCUGGAGGUCACCUGGAAUCCGUUUGACAGCAGUGAGAAGAUGAAGCCGCUGUCCGUUAGCAAGCAGUCGGUGUUGAGCAGGAAGGGUUCGGUUUACAGCUGGACGGCACCGAACACGCCUUCAUUCACAGAAAAAUACUUUAUAUCGAUGGUUCGUGAGCUGCAGGAUCAGGAGGGUUCCCUCCCGUCCCUGCUGGCUAGAAGCCGUUCCAGCAGAGGAGGCGUGUCGCUGCUCAGCUACCUGUCCAACCCGUCACACACCUCGGCCACAUCGGGCCCUCAGAGUCCCUUCAUCCCCAGUCUGACUCGCGCUCACAGCUACCCGUCGACCAGCCUGGCAGGAAGUCAGACUCAGCUUUCCUUUGAAGAGGAAGAGGAGAAGCUCGUCGAGGGGAAGGUGGAUGAAGAGGAGUGGGGAGGCGUGUCGGAGACUUCGUCAGCAGAAACGAUUAAAACAACGUCUCAUCUGGCCUUACCCAGGUCCAGCACUCCAGACAUCCUGAGGAAGAAUCCAUCAGGAGAAACCGACACCGAGACGCAGCAAGGACCACAGGAAUCCCCCAGCAUCCCAGCUGUCUCUGGACCUCCGCCCUCUCCGUCGGUCCGACCCGGGCCGAGCGGCGCCCAGCGGCGAUCGCAGACCGUCCGGCUGGCAGUCCUGAUGGCGGAGCUGGAGAAAUCGUUUGGCGGUGAGAGCAACGCUGAGAAGGAGCAGAGAGCUUUGGAGCAUCAGAUCCAGCACCUGGGAACCAUCCUGAAGAACGACCUCUCCCUGCUCCGGAGCUCUGCAUCAGAGGAAACGCUGGCCGUCGAGGAAGUCCUGGGCAGCUUCGACUUCCUGUCCAACGACUUCAACGCAGAUGACGACACUUCCUGUUUGGGCAGCAUGAGGCUAAAGGACAGCGGCAUCAGUUCGUUCCAGCAGAACACCCUGAAGAGUCUGGGCCUCCUGUCUGCAGGCAGCCAAUCGGAUUCAGAGGACGAGCUGGUCAUCGCCCCACUGACUUCUGGGAACUGGGGUCUGGACCAGGCGCUGGAGACGCACCUGGACAUCUGCUGCGUCCUGCUGCAGAUGAUGAAAACAAGCGACUUCAGUCUGUCUCGACGGGAGCUGCUGCAGGAGAUGUCCAACCAGACCGCGGUUCUGGACAGAGUCGGCGGUCUGCUGCUGGAGAAGAGCCACAACAUCACACCGAGAGACGGUCAGAGGACAGGAAAUCACUCUGCUCACUCCCUUUAUUUAAACGGGACCUACUAUAUCCUCCCUAAGGCCCAGAGGUCCAGAGGUAUCCUGCUGUUCUGGGAGGAGUGUGUGAACGCCAACGGCUCUCCGUUCUACUGCAGCGUGGAAAACUUCUCCAGGACGCUGAAGAAGCGCUACACUCACAAAGUGAAGGCCAAGCUGCCUGGACAGUCAGAGAGAGUGUUUUCCAGACUCCUGCAGCAGCUGCAGGCCGCCUGCAGGCUGCUGCCCGGCUGCCGGCCCGCCUGCAGCCCUGAGAGGGUCACUCUUUUCCAGCUCUCUGUUUAUCUGAAGCGCUGGAGCUUCCAGGAUCUGGGGGAGCACAUCUCCCGCCUGUCCAGAGAAGAGUACAUCCUGUCAGCGCUGAACGGCCCCAAACGGAGAAAGUGUUUAAACAAGCUGAGGGGGCGGAGCCUGUCGGAGCUCCUCCCACUGCAGAGCACGCUGCAGACUAUCGCCGCCCUGCUGGUGGACUCCAACCACAAAGUCUGCAAAGCUGCAGCCAGCUGCAUCAGCAGAGCCGCAGGCUGCAAGGCCUUCAGGAGCAAGUCGGUGGUUUUCUACACAGAGAGCCUGAAAAGUUCUGAUGUUCUGAUCCAGACGGGUUCCUGUCUGGCUCUGAAAUGCCUUCAGGCGACGGAGAGCGUGGAGCAGAUCGCGGAUCUGUGCAAGUCGGCAGACGAAGAUCUUCGUGGCGUCGCCAAGGAAACCGUUUUAUCGUUUGGUAAGAAAGGAUUCGAAGCUUUCCAGAGGAUGGAGCAGAUGUUGGCGGACAUGCAGGAUGAAGCGUAUCAGAACCUGGAGACGGAAAUCACCAUUUUAUAAAAGUUCAGAGACAAACUUUACCAAAAACCAGCAGCGGAGAAGAAGAUCCGACGUUUUCCUGCAGAACUUUGAGCAGAACUUGAAUUCCUAAUUUUUAUUUUUUUGGUCAGAAUCUUGUUUUAAGAGACGCUCUGUUGCAGAAACAUUUAUUUAACCUGAAAAAUGCAGCUUUAAAUGGCUGGGACUGUUUCAUGUUGGAGAAAAAUGAAACAUUUAUUUUCAUCAUAGUUGAUGUUUUUUAGUUUGUGAUAAGAUGCAUAACGAGUAAAAAUAAAUAUUUGGUGCUUAUGAAGCCCAGAAGGACUGAAUAAAUCCAGAGUGAUUCCAAAACGA